GGGCGGGGGAAAUGCGUCAGAGAAUGAGCUCACUUCCGGCCAGGGAGCGCGCGGGUUGAUUCGUCCUUCCUCAGCCGCGGGUGCUCGCAGCUCGGAAAUGGCGGGAUUUGGUGCUAUGGAGAAAUUUUUGGUUGAGUACAAGAGUGCAGUGGAGAAGAAACUGGCAGAGUACAAAUGUAACACCAACACAGCAAUUGAACUAAAAUUAGUUCGUUUUCCUGAAGAUCUUGAGAAUGACAUUAGAACUUUCUUUCCUGAAUAUACCCAUCAACUCUUUGGGGAUGAUGAGACUGCUUUUGGUUACAAGGGUUUGAAGAUCCUGUUAUACUAUAUUGCUGGUAGCUUGUCAACAAUGUUCCGUGUUGAAUAUGCAUCUAAAGUUGAUGAGAAUUUUGACUGUGUAGAGGCAGAUGAUGUUGAGGGCAAAAUUAGACAAAUCAUCCCACCUGGAUUUUGUACAAACACAAAUGAUUUUCUCUCUUUGCUGGAAAAAGAAGUUGAUUUCAAGCCAUUUGGAACCUUACUCCAUACAUACUCUGUUCUCAGUCCAACAGGAGGGGAAAACUUUACCUUUCAGAUAUACAAGGCUGACAUGACAUGUAGAGGCUUUCGAGAAUAUCAUGAAAGGCUUCAGACCUUUUUGAUGUGGUUUAUUGAAACUGCUAGCUUUAUUGACGUGGAUGAUGAAAGAUGGCACUACUUUCUAGUAUUUGAGAAGUAUAAUAAGGAUGGAGCUACGCUCUUUGCGACCGUAGGCUACAUGACAGUCUAUAAUUACUAUGUGUACCCAGACAAAACCCGGCCACGUGUAAGUCAGAUGCUGAUACUGACUCCAUUUCAAGGUCAAGGCCAUGGUGCUCAACUUCUUGAAACAGUUCAUAGAUACUACAUUGCAUCUCCUUCUGUUCUUGAUAUUACAGCGGAAGAUCCAUCCAAAAGCUAUGUGAAAUUAAGAGACUUUGUGCUUGUGAAGCUUUGUCAAGAUUUGCCCUGUUUUUCCCGGGAAAAGUUGAUGCAAGGAUUCAGUGAAGAUAUGGCGAUAGAGGCACAACAGAAGUUCAAAAUAAAUAAGCAACAUGCUAGGCGGGUUUAUGAAAUUCUUCGACUACUGGUAACUGACAUGAGUAAUGCUGAACAAUACAGAAGCUAUAGACUGGACAUUAAAAGAAGACUAAUUAGUCCAUAUAAGAAAAAGCAGAGAGAUCUUGCUAAAAUGAGAAAAUGUCUCAGACCAGAAGAACUGACAAACCAGAUGAACCAAAUAGAAAUAAGCAUGCAACAUGAACAGCUGGAAGAAAGCUUUCAGGAACUUGUGGAAGAUUACCGACGUGUUAUUGAACGCCUCGCUCAAGAGUAGAGAUUAUUUGGCUCUGUACAGGAAGUUUGCAAUUUCUGUACAUUGUGUUGUGGAAAAUCUGAUGAUGACUUUAAUUUUAAACUCUUGUAACAUUUACUUACAUUAAAAGUUAUCUAUCUUAUCUUUAGUUGAAUAUUUUCUUUUGGAGAGAUUGUAUAUUUUAAAAUACUGUUUAGAGUCUAUGAGCAUAUAUUACAUUUUAAAAAAAUACAUAGCUUCUGAAAUACCACUGCAAUUGCUUCCCUUCUUAACAGUAUAAUAAAUGCUUAGUUGUGA